AUGGUUUCUACUUUGCCACAAUUACCUGCUGAUUGGAGCGCUCCUGAGGGAUUCAGCGCCACUGCUACUUUCAGCUCGCCUGUUAAGAGACAGGUCGAACCUGUUGGUCCUGGCUUCUUGGCCCAUGCUCGUCGUACUUUGAGAGGCCGUACCUGGUCCGAGGAUGAAAAGAUUCAAGCUCAACAAAACGUUAAAAAGGUCGAGGAUGAUAACAACGAUGAUCUUGUUGAAGAUGAGCCUGAAGAUCCUGAAAUGUUGAAGAGAGAUCCUAAAGACUGGAAGAAGCAAGAUCACUACGCCGUGUUGGGUCUGUCCAAGUACAGAUACAAGGCUACUGAGGAGCAAAUCCGUAUUGCCCACCGUAGAAAGGUUCUCAAGCACCACCCUGAUAAGAAGGCUGCUGAGGGUCAACUCAAUGAAGAUGGCUUUUUCAAGUGUAUCCAAAAGGCUUUCGAGAUUCUUCUUGAUUCUAACAAGAGAAGACAAUGGGACUCUGUUGAUCCUAAGGCCAAUGUUCUUCCUCCUAAGAACAAGGGUGGUGAUUUCUUUGAAGAUUGGACCAAGGUCUUUGAUGCUGAGGGCCGUUUCUCUAACAAGCAACCUGUUCCUUCUUUGGGUACUUUGGAGACCGAGAAGCCUGAGGUCGAUGCCUUUUAUGCUUUCUUUUACAAUUUUGACUCUUGGAGAACCUUUGAGUACUUGGAUGAGGAUGUUCCAGAUGACACUUCUAACAGAGAUAAUAAGCGUUAUAUUGAGAAGAAGAAUAAGGCUGCUCGUCAAAAGCACAAGACCGAUGAUAUUGCUAGAUUAAGAAAGCUUGUCGAUACUGCUCUUAAGCUUGACCCUCGUAUUCAACUUUUCAAGGAGAAGGAGCGCAAAGCUAAGGAGCAACGUAAGUGGGAGAGAGAAGCUGGUGCACGUGAGGCUGCCGAGGCUGAGAAGAAGGCCAAGGAAGAAGCUGAGAAGAAACGUGCUGAGGAGGAGUCAGCUUCCAAGGCUGCUAAGGAAAAUUCCAAAAAGGCUAAGGAAGCCGCCAAGAAUGCUAAGAAGAAGAACAAGAGAACUAUCCGUGGAAGUGUUAAGGACGUCAAUUACUUUGCUGCUGCUGGUUCUGAGCCCUCUGCUGCUGAUAUUGAUGCCAUCUUGAAUGAUGUUGAUGCUAUCAUCGACAAGCUUGACGAUGUUAAGCUUCAAGACCUUGCUAACAAGCUUUCAAACAACCCCGAUGCUGACACCGUCAAGGCUGCCUUUACUGAAUCCAAGGAUGUCGUUUCGGGUCUUAAGUACUUUUAG